CUUAAGUGUGCCCAAGAACCUCGACAUCUACAGAAAGAUUGGCGAAGGCUGGCCCCGUUCCAAUCAUCUCCUCGUUAUCGCCAACGAUUCUCAUACCUGGUGCUUGGUUGUCUCUGUGAAGGGGGAUUGUCGGGAUAUUUAUGCCCCCAAAAUUCAGACGGACGCGACCCUCUACCUGAAAAGGAGACCUUCCCCUCGACCAACGCUUGGUGCUCUAGCCGACCAUUCACAUACCAUUCCUUUCCCUAAACCCAGCGCGAGUCACCAGGCCCGAUCUUUCAGGGUCAUCCUCCGACCCACGAUUGACACAUAAGAUGCCGUCUAGACAGUCCACUGUUCCGAAUUUAGACCUAAGCACUUCCACCCUGCAGGCGGAUGCGAAGAUCUCGUCCCCACUGACUCCCGGCGCCCAAAGCUCCGAGGGGCCAAGUCCCCUGACACCCCGUUCACCCAAGUCAUCAUCCAGUUCGCCAUUCUUCAAAGGAGCCACGAUAAGACCCGUCACACAGGAUUCGAAUAGCAAGUCGAAUAGCCCUACCUUUCCUGGCUCUCCCACUAUUUCUUCUGCUGAACCAGCCACUCCGGGUCUUACGGCUAUUCCUCAGUACCCUCCCUCCCCGAAAGAUACCCCUAAGCACACUCGUGAUCAAUCGCGCUCUUUCUUCGCGAACCUCAAAGCGCCAAAAUCCUCGCACAGAGCUCAACGGUCUGACAGCUCGGGAAAUUCUGGCGAUAAACCCAAGAGCCGUGGCAGUUCCAGGGAUCGCAAAACACAAAUCUCAACAAAGCUAUACGAAUCAACUCCUGAUCUUCCGGGUGCUCUUGAGCGUGCCGCCCAAGAGGAGAGCCGCGGUGACCGUGCUGAGGAGAAGUGCCCCCCACCGUCAGAAGUUAGGAAGGUAGGGACUGAAACAGAGGCCUUCAAUCCGGCCAAGAAGAACAAGCCGCGUUUCGCCAAUCUCCUGUCUCGCUCUCGCUCAAUCCGGCUGGACGAGUCUUCUAUGACCAGGAUAGCAAACCGGCGCCCGUCCACUAGCCUUAUGAGGCUGGAAGAAAACACCAGGCGGGAGGCGCACGAGCCCCCUAAGUCCUCUCGCCAAGACCGCGGCAUCAGGACUGCUGGGAAUCCGACAGCUCGCGGUUAUACGGAGCGUCCUUCAGAUUUCCACAACAACCCUCUGCGUAAGGACAAAAAUUAUGGUGGAUCAAUGGUUCCGUCUGCAUCGCUAAGCCAGGUCUCGGGUGCCUCAGCUGCGCUGUUCAAUAACAUCAAACAGUCUUCGAGUGGCGCUGCGGAUCGCAUCGGUAAAGCUGGGAAAGGUUUCUUCGGCAAAAUCACCCGGAGUGGCAGCACAAAUGAGCGGGAGCUUAUAAAUGACGACAACUAUAUCUGCUCAGUCAUCAAUCUGCCGCUCAUACAGCAGGCACGACGAACUCGCAUAGCGAAACGGCUUGAAGACUGCAGGGACAAAACUGAAUUUUGGAUGCCCGCUUUGCCCUAUCGCUGCGUCGAUUACCUGAACUUCAAAGGCUGCGAAGAGGAAGGGUUAUACCGUGUCCCAGGUAGUGGGAAAGAAGUGAAGCAUUGGCAAAGACGUUUUGACACGGAACUCGACAUCAACCUUUUUGACGAGCCGGACCUUUACGAUAUCAAUACCAUUGGAUCCAUGUUCAAAGCUUGGCUUCGCGAAUUGCCCGACGAACUCUUCCCCAAAGAGACUCAAGCUAUGAUAGCAGAAAAAUGUGAGGGUGCAACUACCGCACCGCAGCUGCUGAAAGACGAACUCUCCAAACUUCCACCUUACAACUACUACCUUCUCUUCGCCAUUACUUGCCAUCUAAACCUCCUCCAUUCCUACGUUGACCAGAACAAGAUGGACUACCGCAACCUUUGCAUUUGCUUUCAGCCUUGUAUGAAGAUCGAUGCGUUCUGCUUCCAUUUCCUUGUUUGUGACUGGAAAAACUGCUGGCAAGGCUGCUGGACGGAGAAGGAGUAUCUUCAGGUUGAGAAGGAAAUGGACCAGAAAGAAAAAGCGGCCCCAGCGAAGGAUGAUGCGGGCCAUGGUGGCCAGCAGCAUAACCAGCAGCAUAGCCAGCAACAUAACCAACAACCUAGCCAGCAACCCAACCAACAGUGUGUCCAGCAACACGGUCAAUCGCAUAGCCAGCCGCAUAGCCAUCCGUAUGCCCAGCAGUAUGGCCAGCAACUCUCACAUAGCGACGAGAGAGCCGUGUCGUCCGGUAGCGAAGCUGCGACUGAAGAGGAGCCUCCGCGCCCGGCAUCGCCGAAAACCCGCAAGCACAAGCCGAAGAACAUCGAAAUAUCGCAUACGAGGAGCGUCUCACAACUUCCUGAACUCGGCCCCCCGCUUUCUCCCAUCCAAAUCUGACAAACGCUUACUCUCGAUCCUCGGGUGACAAUAUUCUAAUGGGCUGAACCGCGUGCUUGCCCGACUAGGCUGGCCUACAUAUCACCCUUCCUUCUCCAUGCUUCAGCUUUGGGGCGUUCUACGUUGUGUCAUGCAGAGUCUCGGACUGGUUCCGCAGGUCGAGCAUGAUGACUGGGCGUUCUCCUUUUGAU